AUGCUACGCGACCAAGGCAUUUCACCAGUUCCAGAGCCGGAAGAUGGUAGUUUGUGGUGUAAUGCUACUUAUGAUACCGUACUGUGCUGGCCACCAACGCCAGCGAACACCAGCGUAGUGCUGCCGUGUCCGCCACUUAAAGGGCUCGAUCCGACUCGUAACAUAGUAAAAUCGUGCGACCGUUAUGGUCGCUGGGCCGGAAAAUCGGAAGGUGUGUACGAGAAUCCGUGGGGUUGGACGAAUUUCACCGUCUGCUUUAAGAUGGACUACGAAAAUGUCAAACCAUUUUUUGUUAUUGGCUUAAUUCGCUUUGUUUUCGUAAUCCUACGUGUUGCUUGUUCACUUAACAUUCAUAGAGCUUUAGGAAAUAUCACGAAGAAAUGUCAUUGGACGGGAAAGUGGCAAGGCCGUACCGAGAACGACUUUGCCAGAGAACAUGGCUGGACGAACUUCACUAUGUGCUAUACGGACGAAGUGAUCUACAUCAUGAAUAACCUCAACAGCGAAUCACUCGGGAUAGCACAAGAAGUGGCCAAAAACGCAAGAAAACUCGAGUUUGUCGGGUUAGGUUUGUCAUUGGUCAGCCUGAUUGUCUCUAUUGCGAUAUUCUCGUAUUUUCGAAGAUUGCGAGUAUUUCGCAAUCUGUUACAUUUACACUUGAUGAUAGCCAUACUUAUGGUUGUCAUUAUACGUCUUGUACUCUAUAUUGACCUAAUAUUCACCGGAACUCAUGGUCCGCAUCAAAAUCCAUCUGACGGCAGGACGAUCAACACAAUGCCGUUUGUUUGCGAAGCGAUGUAUUCCUUAUUGGAAUAUUUCAAAACUGUCGCAUUCGGUUGGAUGUUCUUAGAGGGUCUGCAUUUGCACAAUCAACUUGUGCUUACCGUAUUCAACUCUGAACCACGACUUACACGGUACUUGUUGGCUGGAUACGGGAUCCCUCUAUUGCAUACAUUAGUGUGGCUCUUUGUCGUUAUGAUAAAGAAAGGUUUUAAGGUGGAACGAUGCUUGGGUUCCUACUAUUUGGAGCCGGAGUUCUGGAUUCUUGACGGGCCGCGGAUGGCGGAAUUAGUUGUAAAUUUAUUUUUUAUUUGUAACGUGAUUCGUGUUUUAUGGUCAAAAGUACGUGAAAGUCAUAGUACAAGUGAAUUGGAUAAAAUGAAAAAAAGUGUGAAAGCAGCACUAAUGUUGAUACCGUUACUCGGCAUACCGAACAUCAUGCAAACGAUACCGUUUGCACCGACGCGCGACAACAUUACGAUUUUUGCCAUAUGGACGUAUUUAGCGUCAUUCACGUACAUGUAUCAAGGCCUUAUGAUUACAAUCAUAUACUGUUUCACAAAUAAAGAGGUGAAUAUUGUAUUGAAAGCGUUCUAUGACCGUUAUCGUCUUCAACACACCAGUCAACAUGAGUUACGUCGAGGCUCGCGGUCUGUCGUAUCGCAUUAUCAAGUCCGAAAUGGUCAAAUGACUGCUGUAAGUGUAUGA